AGACAGAGUUACUUUCACAUUUAUAAUAUUAGUUUGGAUUAUAUAGGCUUACAAUUUUCUUAUAUUCUCAGUUCUUAUAAUGAUUAUAAUAUAGUUUAGUUUGUGGAAUAUAAAUAAAGGUUUUUUUUUUGUUCGUUUUGGCUUGUCAGCCAGUGAUAUGAUUACCACAGUGAUCCACUGAAGUCAUGUAUGCUUUAAAAACUAUGGGUGAAUACGUGUUUUCGCCAUUUUCGCUGGAUACAUGGUUCGGGCGGCCGAAGAAGGGCGGUGGCCAAAUCGACCGGGGUUACGAUACCGUGCCCCGGGGGACGGAGCCGAGGGCCGAGGACGACGAAAAUUCAGCCACCGCCGAGUACACAAGCAAGAUAGACGCAUUGGAUGAUGCACAGCUCCAUAGGAGAUUUGAGGAGAUGCUGGCGGACAUGAAUCUCAAUGAAGAGAAGAAGGAACCCUUAAGAAAAUAUCCUCGAGAUCAGAAGAAGAAGAUGCUGGUUGCUUAUAAGUUCGUAAACACACAGGAAGGUCGAUCCAAGUUUGAGAAGCCAUCAGAUUAUGUCACAUACCUCAAUCAACCUGAGCUUUCUGUGGGUAAACUCCAUGGAUGUUUGGAAAACCUUAGAAUAUCAUUGACAAAUAACCCCCUCUCUUGGAUCGAAGAGUUUGGGACCAAAGGCAUCGAGAGCUUGCUGACGACCCUGAACCAGUGUUAUACAAAUGACUCUCGCUACGACCGAGUGCAAUACGAAUGCAUAAGAUGUCUGUCAGCGAUCCUCAACAAUACAGUCGGCAUACGGACCAUGUUCGAGUGCCGGGAGGCGUUGCCAGUACUCGCCAGGAGUCUAGAUGCCAGGAAACCACACUGCGCUCUUGAAGCUGCAAAGGUGCUAGCGGCCAUAUGUUUGAUCCCAAAUGGACAUGAGAAAGUUCUGGAAGCGAUCACGAUGGCUGGAGAGUCGAGUCGGAAGCCUCGGCUGCUGCCCAUCAUCGAGGGUCUGGAGACCAAGACUCCCGAGAGUUUGAAGACUGGUUGCAUGCAACUGAUGAAUGCAAUUAUCACUGAACCUGAAGAGUUGGAGUUCAGAUUACAUCUUCGCAGCGAAUUUAUGAGAACUGGACUCUAUGAUUUGAUCGACGAGCUAAGGUCGGGUGCGGAAGGAGCUCGUCAAAUCCAAAUGAAUGUAUUUGACACGCACGCUGCCGCUGACCAGGACGAGUUCUUAGCCAAAUUCGACGAUGUCCGUGUGGAUUUCAAUGAUGUCAACGAAUGCUUCGAGCUGGUGAAAAACUUGGUGAUGGACACUCCAGCCGAGCCAUACUUACUCUCCAUACUUCAGCAUCUGCUUUAUAUCAGGGAUGAUGAGCUUAUCAGACCAGCAUACUACAAGCUAGUCGAAGAAUGUAUAACUCAGAUAGUUCUACACAAGAACGGCUAUGAUCCGGACUUCAGAGCGACGCAGCGGUUCAAUAUCGAUGUGCAACCACUUAUUGAUGGCCUUAUAGAAAAAUCUCGCGCUGAAGAAGAGAGGCGAGUGGAAGAGUUAAAGUCUAAGCUGGAGGCGGCCAUCGCGGCGAGGCAGGAGGCCGAGGCUCGCGCCGCCCACCUCGAGGAGAGACUCAAGGCCGGACCCGCCACAGGACCUGCCGGGGUCACGCACAAUAACAUCGCCGCCAUUGCCAAGGCAAUAACUAGUCCGGGCGGCCCUCCACCUCCACCCCCACCACCGAUGCCCGGAGGACCCGGUGUACCGCCGCCCCCGCCUAUGCCGAUGUCAGUCGGUUCUGGCGCCCCACCACCGCCACCUAUGCCCUCAGCAGGAGGAGGUCCACCCCCACCACCACCGCCUCCAAUGCCAGGUGGGCCUCGUGGGCCACCGCCGCCACCGAUGCCGGGUAUGGGCGGCCCGCCACCACCUCCACCGAUGAUGGGAGGACCAAGACCGCCACCACCGCCUGGAGGAUUUAUGCCUAGAAUGCCAGUGCCAGAUGUAUUACCGCAUGGACUAAAGCCUAAGAAGAAGUGGGAGGUCGAGGGUCCACUGAAACGUGCCAAUUGGAAGACUAUAGUACCACAGAAAAUGUCGGAGAAGGCCUUCUGGGUUAAGGUACAAGAAGAUAAGCUAGCGUCUCCGGAUAUAUUGUCCGGGUUGGCGCUAAAGUUCUCGAGUAAACCAGUAGCUAAAAAAAGCGAAGAUGCUGUUGAUAAGGUCCACACGCUGAAGAAAGUUAAAGACCUAAAGGUGCUAGACAGCAAAGCGGCCCAGAACCUCUCCAUCCUACUGGGGGGUUCUUUAAAACACAUGUCCUACGAACAUAUUCGAACCUGCAUACUUCGAUGCGAUACCACCGUGCUCACUGCCAACGUUCUGGAUUUGUUAAUACAGUACUUACCACCAGCGGACCAGUUGAAGAAGCUAGCGGAAUUAAAAGUGAACAGUGAAGAGUUGACGGAAGCUGAGCAGUUCGCUGCAACCGUCGCUGACAUCAAGCGACUAGUGCCCAGGCUCAGGAGUCUCGCCUUCAGAGAGCAUUAUGCUGAAAUCAUUUCUGAAGUUAAGCCGGACAUAGUAUCAGGUACAGCGGCGUGUGAAGAGGUGAAAUCGUCUGAGAAGUUCGCCAAAAUACUUGAGCUCCUGCUUCUAUUGGGAAACUAUAUGAACUCCGGCUCUAACAACGCUGGUGCAUACGGAUUUGAAAUCAGUUUCUUGACUAAGUUAACAGCGACGAAAGAUCUAGAAAACAAACAGACGUUACUACAUUACUUGGUUGAGACCAUCGAGAACAAGUUCCCGGAAGUACUCACGUUCGCAGAGGAAAUGCCACAUAUAGACAGGGCGGCAAGAGUAUCAAUGGAGAAUCUCCAGAAAGCUCUUAAGAAGAUGGAGAAUGACAUCAAGGCUUUGGAGAUGGAUCUGAACAACUCCAGGGUGCCUCAGUGUCCUGAUGACCUCUUCAACGAGUCUAUGAGUUCGUUUGCAACGGAAGCUCGGGGGCAGUGCGACCUCUUACAUUCAAUGUUUAAGAAAAUGGAAGCGUUGUACACAGAACUAGCUGAGUAUUACGUGUUCGAUCCACAGAAAUACACUCUAGAGGAAUUCUUCUCAGACAUCAAAACUUUCAAGGAUUCCUUUAUUGCGGCGCACGGCGAGGUAUCAGCGGCGCGGGAGGCGGCGGCGCGGGCGGCGCGGGCCCGCAGCGCGCGCGCCGCCGCCGAGCGCGAGCGCCGCGACCGCACGCAUCGGUACCAGCAGCUCCUCGACAUACACCAUGCGCAGGACGGCGUCAUGGACAGUUUGAUGGAAGCUCUGCAAAGCGGGUCAGCGUUUAGCAGAGAACGGCCGAGGAAGAAAGCUAACCCACGAGUGGCCGGAGCCGAAAGAAGAGCACAGUUGAGUCGGUCGCGGUCGCGGUCUGGUCUAACAGGAGCGAUGACCACAAGAGAAUUAACUAAUGAAUUGCUGAGCAACGCGUGAUAGGACUCACACCAAGUGAUAUUAGGAACAUAAUUGUAUCGUUACUCUUGUAUAGUAUUCAUAACACAAUUGUCAUCAUCAUCAUCAUCAUCAUCAUCAGUACACCAAAAUCUACCCAGAGUAACUUCCGGGACGGUUUCCUCAUGAUCUCCCAAAAGCCUGCACCAAGAUCUACAGUAGAUACAACCAUGAAAACACCGAAACACUGAAUUCCACCGCGUCCCAGGGACAUGAAUGACUGUCUUGGAUCCCGCAACGAAAUAAAUCAGAAGAUAUUAUUAAAAAAAUCUCAGUAGAUGAGUUUGGACAAGACUCCGGUUCAAUAAAUAACAUGGAACUCAUCUUCAAUGUAGUGUUUCGUCGUGGGAAUGAGGUUUACCGGACACCUAAUCUUUCAAUUCCCCAUAUCUCCGAUACCCUAAUCUCCAAGACGCUGGCAAACCACUUGUAACUCCUCCUGGUGUGGCGGAUAUCCAUGAGUGGUGUCUUGGUUGCUUACCAUCAGGUAAUCCGUCUGCUCGUUUGCCGAUUUAUCACAUAAAAACUAAUGAAAAGAGAAAGUGUUACGAUGCAUAUAUGCAUCUCUGUCUAUCACCUUUUAGACAUGUUAUAUACAAUUUGUUAUAAAUACCAAAAUCAAGAGUUAAAAUUAAAUUUAUAUUGCAUGAAAAAAUAUUUUUGUAAUAUUUUUACUCGCUAGUCCAACUUAUCGUUGACCUCUCUGAAGUUGGCUGUUUUACUGAAUGAGCGAGACGCACAUAGGAAUUAGGGUAAAGAGUGACAGAGACGGAAACACACGCAGCGUACUUCAGGCAGGUCAGUUUAUAUAGCAUUCAUUUUUUUUGUUGACAUCGUAAGGGUUGGUGUCACCCAAUUCUUUU